ACUCGGCAAUAAAGACACAUGUGUUCUGUUGUAUCAGGCUGCUUGGAAGAUAGCUGCAAUAUCACUUUUGCUCGCAAGGCUGGUACGGAAUUUAGGAACAAAGGUGGCAAUUUGCAGCUGACCAUCCUACGUUUUCCUGGCUCCCCAAGCUACGUCAGUCCAUCCCGUUUUGGAUUAGGGCUACUGAUAGUCCAGAAAGGUUUUCAGCAGACAUGUUUGUAACUGUGCUUCAUGGUGAAAACAGGGCAGACAUUUUUAACAUUCACUGUGAAGUCCAGCGUCUCCUAGAAGGCAUCAAACGCCGCUGUGGCUGUGAGGACGAAGACGAUAUAGAGUUAGCAGAUGAGAGCGGCCAGAUGAAGAAUUUACUCCAGAACAAGCAGCGCUCCGCAACUGAGCUUCUGGGGGAACGUGAGGCCUACGUGCUCCUGGGUGUUACAAGAGGUGAAAGGCCUUCCAAGAGAAUAUUUACACCUCUGUUGAAAGACGAGUCUGUCAUUGAUGCUAAGUUCCUAGCUAAGCUAGAGAGUUGUCAAGAGCACAAAGUCCCCUCUCCAAGAGCAAAAUCCAGAAAGACCCACAAAAAAGCAACCUUGGAUAUUCCAGCUGCUGAAGGCUUAAGGAAUCAUUCGCCUCACAGCAGCAGAACAAGGACACCCGUUGCUUCUCCAAAACAAAGCAGAAAAUUAUGAUCUCUUGUUGGAUCUGAGAUUGGAAUCUGUUCCAGUUUGUGGAAAUGCACCUGUUAUGUAUGUUCCUGAGUGUCCCCUGCUCUGAGCUUGAGUCCGCUUAACAAGGCAGGCCAGGAUUCUGAAGCCUGCAUUGUGAUUCGCUGCCUUGGCACAAAACAGCCAAUCAGGUGUGAGGUGGGUGUUGCCAGGGGCUGGCUGAAGUGUAUAUAAAUCAGAUCCUGUUCCCUGUUUCCCUCAA